AUGCCGGUGGUCAAGGGUGGCGUGUGGACGAACAUCGAGGACGAGAUUCUCAAGGCAGCGGUCUCGAAGUACGGUCUCUCACAAUGGGCGCGUGUGAGUUCGCUGCUCGCCCGAAAGACCGCGAAGCAGUGCAAGGCAAGAUGGACUCAAUGGCUGGACCCAGGAAUCAAGAAGACAGAGUGGUCAAAGGAGGAGGACGAGAAGCUGCUGCAUCUAGCGAAGCUCAUGCCUACGCAAUGGCAGACUAUUGGACCCAUCGUCGGACGGACUGCAACACAGUGCCUCGAGCGCUACCAGCGGCUACUCGACGAUGCAGAAGCGGCGGAGAACGAUGAGCUUGGGCUAGGAGGACCUGAUGGUGGGGAGACGGCGGCACCUACAGGCGACGACGUGCGCAAGUUACGACCAGGCGAAACAGACCCGGAUCCCGAAUCGAAGCCUGCCAGACCGGACACAAUCGAUCUGGACGAAGACGAGAAGGAAAUGCUAAGUGAAGCACGUGCACGCUUAGCAAACACGCAAGGAAAGAAAGCAAAGCGAAAGGCUCGAGAGCGACAGCUGGAAGAGUCGAGGAGGCUGGCCGUACUGCAGAAGAGGCGAGAGCUCAAGAAUGCAGGUAUCAAUAUCAAGAUCACGACCAGGAAGAAGGGUCAAAUGGAUUACAAUGCGGAUAUUCCUUUCGAGAAAGCUCCUGCCGCUGGAUUCCAUGACACGCUGGAGGAAGAGGCCACGAACGAGCGGGAGCGUGAGUCUUUCGAUCCGCGAAAGCAACAGUUGGCUCGGAAACGUCAAGGCGAUCAGGAUGAGGACAAAGAUCCCAAAAGGCAGAAGCAGGAUAAAGACAAAGCUGCGGCAGCCGUAGCAGCGAGGGCUGGUCAGAUGCAACAGAUGCGGGAAGCCGAUCGAAGGAAUUCUCGCAAAGUUCUGAGCCUGCCAGCGCCUCAGGUCAACGAAGAGCAGCUCGAGGAUAUAGUGAAGAUGGGCAUGAGCGGUGACAGAGCUGUGAUGGCCGCAGGAGAGGAUGCGACCGACACUCAGCGGCUGACUGGCGGCUACGCCAACACGCUAGGUCAGACACCACUACGCACACCUCGGGCGGCUCCCCAAGAUGAUCAUAUCGCGAACGAGAUUCGGAAUAUCAGAGCACUUACAAACACACAAUCAUCGCUGCUGGGAGGCGACAACACACCUUUGGCAGAGGGUCAAGCGUCUACCGGAUUCGAUGGGAUUGCUCCUCGGCGAGAUCAAAUGGUCACACCCAACCCCAUGGCCACGCCUAUGAGGAACGGUGUGAAUGGUGUUGGCGCGACACCGCUACGUCUAGGUACGCCACGGGACAACUACGCGCUAAAUGCUAGUGAGCAGGUCACGAAAGCAUCGCUGCGAGCCAAGUUGGCAUCUCUCCCCAAGCCUAAAGCUGUGUCUUGGGAGCUGGAGGAGUUGCCAGACGAGAAGGCAGAAAACCACGAGCCUGUCAUCACGGAGGAGGAUCAGGAGGAGAUUGACCGACGGACGCGAGAAGCCCAAGAGAAGCUACGACUCGAGCAGUUCAAACGGGAAUCGUCUGUCUUCCAGAAAGCACUUCCUCGGCCAAAAAGUGUCAACUUUACUGCUUUGUCGAAAGCAGCGCUCUCACAUGCCGAUCCCAUCGAGGCCCAGAUUGCCUCCGAGGCAGCUCUGCUGAUGGCUAACGAUGCGUACAAGCACGGCCUUCUUGAUGCCGCUCGAGCAGCAAUUGCUAAAGAGGUUGCCUCAGAUCCUGCACGAGAAGCCGCUCACAAGCAGAGCAUGGAAGCGUACUUCGCCGACCUCGACGCCAACACCGACAUGCCUCACGCCUUACCACCCUCGGCUCCAGCAUCGGCCUAUCACACUCCCUUCGCUGCCACGAACACCGCAAUCCAUGCGCUUGCGGAGCAAGACUCCAAAACAGAGGCUCUCCUCAAGAAGCUGCAUGGUGGAUACAUGGCCCGACAGAAGAUGUUGAGGAAGAGCAUCGUAGAGCGGUUCGACGAAAUCCGAACGAAGCGAACCGAGCUAGAGUGCUUCAGGAAUUUGAAGUUAGGAGAGGACGCAGCGCUGGGUAGGCGAUUGGAAGGUUUGAGGGAGGAGGUAGGCGUUGUCAUGAGAAGGGAAAGAGAGGCGCAGGAGGAGUUCCGACAGCUUAAGGAAGGCGCUGUGAAUGGGUCAUGA